CCUCCCCUCAGACACCGACACGGGAGUGAGGAGCGACCGCGAGAAGCAACCAGAAAGGAGCAAUGACAGCAGGGGGAGCAGCUGAUGAUGAGAUCCCACUGGGAGAGAGGAAGACUGUUACCGACUUUUGCUAUCUACUUGAUAAAUCCAAGCAGCUCUUUAAUGGCUUAAGGGAUUUACCUCAAUAUGGACAGAAGCAAUGGCAGUCAUAUUUUGGACGCACUUUUGAUGUAUAUACCAAGCUCUGGAAAUUCCAACAGCAGCACAGGCAAAUUCUGGACAAUCGAUAUGGCCUGAAGCGAUGGCAGAUUGGAGAAAUUGCUUCCAAAAUAGGACAGCUCUACUACCAUUAUUACCUUCGUACUUCUGAGACAAGUUAUUUGAAUGAGGCAUUUUCCUUCUACUCUGCAAUAAGACAAAGGGCCUAUUACUCACAGGUCACUAAGGAAGAUAGGCCAGAGCUGGUUGUUAAAAAACUCCGGUAUUAUGCACGUUACAUAGUGGUUUGCCUUCUCCUUAACAAGAUGGAACUGGUAAAAGAUAUAGUGAAGGAGCUAUCAGAUGAAAUUGAUGACUAUACACACCGUUUCAACUCUGAGGACCAACUGGAAUGGAAUCUGGUGCUGCAGGAGGUGUCUUCAUUUAUUGAGGCAGACCCUGUGUUGAUUUUCACUGAGGAAAACACCCUUUUUAUCACUUCAAAUCGACUAUCGGAAGGAACAGUCCCACCACUUGAACUCGGGAUGAUAGCUGGUCAGUUGGCAUUAGCGGAUGCAUUGAUCAUUGGAAACUGCACCAAUCAGGUGAAAUUCAGUGAAUUGACCAUAGAUAUGUUCAGAAUGCUGCAGGCAUUGGAAAGGGAACCCAUUAACUUGGCUCCACAAAUAGGCAAAGGGGGACCACAGGAAACAACAGAGAAACAUUCCAAACGAGAGAAUCCGCACAAAUAUUUAAUGUACAAGCCUACAUUCAGCCAGCUGUACACAUUUCUUUCAGCAUCGUUUAAGGAGCUUCCUGCAAACGCUGUUCUCCUGAUCUACCUGUCAGCCACGGGAGUGUUUCCUACAGUUCGUUCUGAUUUUGAAGGUCCAUAUGAUUUUGGUGGAGUUAUGACUAACAAUAAUCGUGAUGGAUCUAAUGUGGAUGGAGUACAAAAGCGGAACCAAUCAUUUAAAGAAAUGCACUGUCUUCAUCCAGGUGAUAUUUAUCCCUUCACACGGAAACCGUUGUUUUUAAUUGUGGACUCCUCCAACAGCAUAGCCUAUAAGAAUUUUACCAAUUUGUUUGGCCAGCCUUUAGUCUGCUUACUCUCUCCAACAGCUUAUCCCAAAGGUAUACAAGAUCAGUCCCAACGGGGAAGCCUCUUCACACUCUUUCUCUACAAUCCUUUGAUGGCCUUCGUUUUCAUGUGUCGACUCACGAACAUGAGGAAAGCACUAUGGGAUCAAUGUCAGGAGUACCUGCGCAGGAUGAACAUUGAGAUAGUGCAGCUGUUAACUCAAACACGGACUAUAGAUCAAGCAUUCCUUCAGUUUUUUGGAGAUGAUUUUCUGCGAUUAUUGCUGAUCCGGUUUAUCCUCUGUUCUGCAACUAUGAGACUUCACAAAAUGUUCAGGGAAACUCGGAAUUACCCAGAAACUUACCCACAGCUGCAGAAAGAAGACACUGUGGAGAACCCUCUACUCCAGAACCGCAUUCUAGAAUUGGCUUCCUUGUUGGAUGUUCGAAGCCUUUUCAUGGAAAACACCACUGAUGAAGAUUAUUAGGGGAAACCUCUUCCUUUUAAGCCAAUGGUUCUGCAGGAGACCUAUUUUGCACCUACCUGUAGGAAUAACUUACAAGCAAUUCUCUUCGCACAUUGGAAGUUCUUAUAUCAUCAGACAAUUUCUUAAGACUGAUGCACCUGGCACAAUUCUAUCAUAGAUUAAGCAUUUCCAUAAUUGCAAUGUAUUAAUGUAUUGUGAACAAAAAGAUUAACAUGGCAGGCCAGAAAAGAUUUCUAAAAUACAGUUAGCUGAAUAAGGGCAUUUACAGAAAAAAAAGCAAUAGAGGCUUUUUGAGAAUUUUCACACGUAUCACAUGUUGCAUUGAAAUGGUGGUGGAUGUUCAUAGUAUCACCUUUUAACAGUGUUUCGUAAAAUCUUAUAGCAUCGAUGUGUGUUUAAAAAAAAGAGCUGUUGCCCAUAAUUUCAUCUUUCAUUUUGUGAGUUGUUGCUAAACCUCAUGCUAGCUGUGGUCCUGUUUGUCAUAAGUUAGACUUUUUGUGGAAGUUCUGGUUUGAUGAAAACAGUCCCCUAGGUUACAGUGAGUUAGAUACUGACCGACUGACUGACUGGAAGCCAGGGAUGGGUUUAUUGUAUGCACGUUACCUGAUGCUGUCGUGCACUAUAUCAGAUGAACUUGCUUGUUUAGUGAAUGAGAGGCAAGCACAACCAGGAGACCAGUGAGGCUGAAUUCUGGAGAUCAAGGUAUGUGUGUAUCGUUUCACAUUAACACAAGUGUUGCAAACACUGUAAACUCCAGUUCUAUCCAGCCGUGUGUUUUCCACAGAUGAUAAUUGUGUGCAUGAAAUAAUUGCGUUUUUAUUCCUAAAUAAGUGUCAUUCUGGGGCAUCGUGGAUGUCCUGGUGGAAUUUUGCUGAACCUUCUCACCUUGUCUUUACACGAAUAACAGAUAUUACAUGUAGAAAUUGUUGGUAAAAUGUACCGUUGCUGAGUUUCUGAAAGACUGGUAGGAUUAGGUAAGUGAAAGGUUUUAUUCGGUGUCCUUGCCAUAUAACAUAAUGAUUAGUCACUCAUGGUUACUAGUAUUGUGCUGCACAAGUCAUUUUUGUUCAGCAUUACAAGGCUGCUAUUUUUUUAAAUACAUAUACUUGAAGCAAGGAUUUUGUGAAAAUGCUUUGGUAUUCAUACCUUUGCCAAAUAGACUUUGUAUAUUUAAUAUUAGUUGCUAUUAAUAUAUUAGUGUAAACUCAUCUGUUUUUUUCAAUAGUUUUUUUGUUUCUCUUCUCCCACCUCUCCUGAAGAUAUUGACUCUUGUUGAGAUACAGUUCCACAGGCACUGGGUGUCAUUGGCGGUGAGGAAAAUAUUCUUUGGGGGUGGGAGGGUGAGUAAAACUCAAAAGGCCCUUUAAAGGAGGUAAGCUGUUGGCUUGAUUGACAGGUCCAUCAGCCACUCAGAGGUGAAAAUGCCCCAACAAUCAGCCACGAGACAAAAUGGGCGGAUGUCACCAACAUCUUACAUUUAAAUGGCAUCCUUCAAACGGGGUGGCAUUUCGGAGAAAGAUGGGCCUAAAAGUGGGGUCUUCUCGGAGAACUGACUGUGGUUCUCCUCAGGGCUUUCCCCUCCCAACUCCAAAGAAGUGAAGUGUAGAUAGAGGGGGGGGUGCAGGCUGAGCCCCUCCAGCCCGAGCCGCCUGCCUAUGCGAGAUGUCCCGCUCUCCCGGUAUGUCGCCCAAAGCAUCAUUAAUGUGCGAGCCUGGACACUGAGUGUCAAUCGGCUGUUCUCUUGUCUGCAAGUGUGAGCCUAGACACUGAGUGUCAAUGGGCCACCAUGAGGAGCAUCCAAUCCUGUUCUCCACGUGCACUUUCCAGUAAAGGUUGCUGGAAAACUAUCAGGAGUGGGAACCUCGCUAUCUCAUAAAAUGCUUUUCAUGCUUAUUUCCACAUGUUAUGCAUCCUGUUUAAAACAAAGUUUGUUUAGAGCUAGUGUUACCUGCUAGAAUGUUUAGGAACAUUUUCUGAAUUGUACUCUUGUGAGAUUUCUCCUAGUAUGAGGAUGUAACCAUUAUACCAUGCAAGUACAAUUUUUAAAUUAUGACUGUGUUAAUGAUCUAAUAUUCUGUCAGUUGAACCUCUGUCUUGUUUUUAAAACCUGUAUGUGUUUGGAAUUAAAUGCUAUUCUAAGAAAUGUAAAAUCAGUUUAACGUAAUUGGUAGAAGGUAAAUGGUCACCCCUUGGGUAACAAGACAUUGAAGCAUUAAUUGUUUUGCUUUGUGAUGUUGCUUGAAGAAUGGAGGCAAUGAUUAUUGUAAAUAAUCACAACGAAAAAAGGUUAAAAAGGUUUAAAUGAGUCUGUAUGAACCGUAUCAUUCAAAAAUGAUUGGCUCCUGAGCUACAGCUUUUAAACAGGCCAUUUAGCAUGACAUUAGAUUUAAAUGUGGUCUUUUGCUACCAUCUUGAAGGAAAAUUAUUCAAGAUGAAAGCAGAGUUCUAUACUUUUAAAUUAUAUUUAAAAGAAUGCGCACACUGGAGAAUUUUCUCACUCUGCACAUUGAGUCUUGUGAUUAAAGUAACUGUUGUAUAUUUUUGUUUCUACUGUCUGUAAUAAAUGUGUAAUACACUAUGUUUUAUCAAAUGAGACUCAAUAAUGAGAUUACUAAAACUGUUAAACUUUUGUAUA